CACUUUAAUUAAAGGAAGAUUAGAGAUCAAAAAACCCAUUCUUUGCUUUGCAGUGAAUGGGUAGAUGGAGAGCAGCUGCUUCAAUCCUCUUUAACCACUUAAUCAAAACACCCUUCCCUUCUCCUAAAUCCCUUUCACCCAAACCUCUUUCUUCUUCCAACCUACCUCUUCUUUUUCGAUUCAGGAGACAUUUCUCCGCUCUGCCCUCGCCAGUUUCUGUUUAUGCCACCGAUUUCGAUAAUGGGUCUCCUGAAUUUCCCCAUCAAAAUCUUGGGUUUGUUUCCCAAGGAGAAGAAGAAGAAGAGAAACUCGGCAAGAUACCCGUAAAAGCUUAUUUCCUUUGCACCAGUAUCGAUUUGAAGAGUAUGCAAGCUGAGAAUUUAAGCAACAUUAUACCUCCUUCUUCUCGUUCAUCAAAUUAUAUUGCCCUCAGAUAUUGUGAUUUCCCUCCAGAUAUUACUGGACUUGGAAUGAAAAACAAAGCCAGCUGCUUUAGAUAUAUGGUUGUUUUUCAGUACGGAUCUGCUGUCUUGUUUAACAUUGAGGACCAUGAAGUUGAGAGCCACCUCGAAAUGGUUCGGAGACAUGCUUCUGGAUUGCUUACAGAAAUGAGGAGAGAUGAUUAUACUGUAAAAGAGCAGCCACUGAUGACAAGGGAUAUGCAGGGAGGACCUGACUACAUUGUUCUCAAAACUUUGGAUACUGAUAGUAUCCGCAUUAUUGGAAGUGUUCUUGGUCAAAGCAUUGCAUUGGAUUAUUUUGUGUCGCAGGGAUUGAAUAUGGUCUCUCUUAAUCUCUCUCAGGUAGAUGGGAUGGUUGAAGGGUUUGCUGAUAUAAACCGUGCAAUGGAAAAGACAGGAACAUUCACAAUGGAUAGGACAGAGCUCAUUAAACUCGUUGGAAAAGCCAAUUCAAAUUUGGCUGAUGUAAUUCUUAAAGUUGGUCUUUUCGAGAGAUCGGAAAUUGCUUGGAGAGAAGCAAAAUAUGCUCAAAUAUACGAGUACCUUCGGGAGGAGUAUGAGGUGACGCAACGGUUUGGGAAUCUAGAUUUCAAGCUCAAAUUUGUGGAGCAUAACAUUCGUUUCCUUCAAGAAGUUAUCCAAAAUAGACGGUCCGAUCUCUUGGAAUGGUGUAUCAUUUUCUUGUUGACCAUCGAGAACGUAAUAGCAAUAUACGAGAUUGUCCGCGAAUCAACCAGCGUUUCUCUGUGAUUUGGCUAGCUGAUGAGGAAGUGAGGAUAUACAAACUUGAUUACAGUAGCAAAAGUUAAAGUAGUUUAUAACCAAGAAAAAAAAGAAAUUACAGGAAGAAUUUAACAUACAUUUUUUUAGCCACCAAUUUUUAGUACAUUAAUUAUGUAAUAACUCACUGCAGCAGACAAAUCAAAGAUGCAGUUCCUGGUUUAUAUUGAAAUAGUAACAUUUAUCAUAUAUCAAAAAAUCUAAUUUUGUGUGCACAACUGUAUUAAAGACUGGUGUAUA